AUGCAUUUCAACUUUGCCUGUAUCACCGCCUGCGUCUUCGCAGCUGCUGCUCUCGCAGUCCCCGUCGAAGUUGAGCGAAAGGUCGUUGUUGUCCGCGCUGAUGUCUGCCCUGCCCCUGCACCUGCAACCACUGCACCUGCUCCUGAAGUUUCAUCUCCGCCGCCUGCUGAAUACUACUCUCCUCCUCCCCCCGUUACCACAACAAUGUCUAACCCUCCUCCGGCUGCGCAGGGUCCUAGCGUCGACAACAAGCAAUGCUCGGCUGGAACCUCAGUUCACUGCUGUGACACUGUUGACAGCACGGACAACUCGAAUGUUUUGAACCAGUUGAAUGCCGCUGGCAUCGAUCACUCGGAUGCCAAGCAGAAGGGUCAGGUUGGAUUGACUUGCACUCCCAUCACCACCUCUCUCAUUGACGCUAUCAAUGGCAACGUCUGCCAGGGUGCAGUCACUGCCUGCUGCGAGAACACCAGCCAGACUGGCCUCGUCAACCUCAACCUCGGUUGCACUAUCAUCCCAGUCACCCUUUAA